UAUGUAGAUAGGCUUCGGUAUAAUUACAAUCUUUCUGUUUGGAAAUAAGCGAUUUUCAAACUGGUUAAAUAAGUACGGUAUUAAAGCAUUAAAAAUUUUUGUCAAAAUUUUAUUUUGAUACCCUAAUCCCCAAAGGAAAUGGAUGUAGAUGAAGAACCGACAGCAUUUUUAAAUUAUUUGGACGACGAGGAUUCCCCGAAUGGGUUUUUAUUGGGUGAUACUGGAGACGGUUUGUUCCCCGACGAGCGUAUGUUUACGGAUAUUGAUGCAGCCGAUUGGCCCACAGAAGGAUUUUCUACGUUGUUACCCAACCCACUACUAUCUGAUGAUUCUUUAAAGGCUGAGAAAAACGUCCUACUUUCGAAGGAACCAACUUUACAAAGUCAAAAUCAAGGUGGGGUAUUAGAUAUUGGUACAAGAGUAGUUACCCCAGAAGAUAAUAGUGACGCCCAAGUCUCCAAUGUAAAUGUGAUACAAAAUGAAUCAUCAUCUGAUGUUAUCACCAAUGUAGAAAAUGACAGUGCAUACAUAAACUGUAGCCCAAUAGUCAAUGAAAAAUCAAAUGGAGUGAAAGAAAUAUACUUAACUGAAGGUGAUAUAAAUAAUGAGGCUCAGGCAAUUCACUUACUGAAUCCAGAUGGAAGUGUCAUAGUUAUUGACAAGUCAAUUCUGAGCUCAGUUAAUGGGACCGAAUGUAACAUUGCAGGUGUGCCAAAACACCAAAAGAGCAUUAGAGAUUUUUUCACCACAACAGUCGCAAACAAAUGCAAACUGUGUUCAUAUUUGAGUGAGUCCAUUGAUGGUAUCAUGAUUCAUAUUUCAGAGGCUCAUUCGGAACAUUUUUUCAGUGAAAGAGACGUAGCGAAAGCUGAUAAACAAAAGCUAGAACCUUUUGAGAAUUUCGGCAUGAGUCAAAAAUGCUUAAUAUCUAUUUUAAAAAAGGCAAAAUUAAAAUCCAACACCGCCAAGGACCCACCCGACGAAUACCAUGUGUUUAUGUGCAGCACGUGCGAGGAAGUCUUUUCUGAAAAGGAGGAUCUCACACGCCAUUCCUUGGAGGUGCACAACGAAAAAUACCCGGAACAAACAAUCGAAGACGCGAGAGAAAUCGAUGGCGGCCGUGAAGGUCGCGAAGCUUUGAAAAAAUUGUCCUUGUUUUUGGUCAAGAAGCAACAGAGGGCGCUGCAGGCGGUAAAGUGUAGGGUAUCGGGUUGCCCGUCGGGUUUCCCUGACGAAGAGAUUAGAGAGAAGCACGAGCAGUGCCACAUCGCCGACAAAAAGAGCCAGUUUAGAUGUCUGUCGUGCGAUAAAAAGUUCAGCAUCUGGAGAAUAGCAAAGAGCCAUAUGUUUAAAGAGCACCAGAUAGAUUUCGGUCUCGUCGUUUGUCCUAUGUGCAGCAAAUUUAAAUCGUACAAUUCCGCUGCCGUGAUGAAACACAUGAAAACGCAUCAAGAUGAGAGGCCGUUCAUGUGCGCGGAAUGCGGGAAACGCUUCAAAUUAAUAACUCAACUCAAAAAUCACGAAACGAGCCACAACCGAUGCCCGGAAAACAUGCCACAGUGGGCAACGACGCGUAAAUGUAACGUCUGCGAGUUGUCGUUCGCGAACGCGAAAAGCCUCAAACAGCACGUACUGUCCGUCCAUAAGAAUUUUAAACCGUUCAUAUGCAACGUGUGCGGCCAUAAAACGACGAGGAAAGCCAUGUUGGAACUACACUUGCGGCAGCACACGGGCGCGAAACCACACAAAUGUCUCUACUGUGCGUACAGAACGGGCGAUCACAAUUGUCUCCGGAAGCACAUGAUGAAGCACAUAGGCGCCAAACAAUAUUCCUGUCCGCACUGUAGUUACUCGUGUAUUCAGAGUUCUUCCCUCAAGAGUCACUUGAUUAAUAGGCAUCCGGGACGCGACGGUACUUUCAAGUGCGACAGUUGUUCCUACAUGACCAUCAGUGAAGCGUUCUUCAUGCUGCAUAAGAAGUCACACCAAGUGGUCAACAAUGGUGCGGGAGAUCGACAUUUAACGCACCCGCCUAACCAACACGCCAGAGAAUCCAAGCCUGACACUGACGACGACACGCAGGGUUGUUUCGUCGCGGAGCAGCAGGUAGACGAUCCGGUCGAUACUGGCGGUAUUACGAUUCCGGCCGGAUUCGAAAUACCCAUAUUUUCGGGUUGAACUUAACGAAACAAGAC